CGAAGACCACUGGAAAGACACCAACCACACACGACCCCUCGCCGUCGCGUCGAAUGCGCGUCUUUGGUUAACGGUGUGCCUUCACACAAGUGCCAGGCGCACAAAAAAGCACCCCGGCACGUAAACAUAUGCCGUUUGUGCCACUUUCGGUGUCCAUUGUGGUCCUCGAUGGAGGUCAAACAUGAGUGGCAUGGACGACAACGAAGACGAGACCGAUCUCUUUGACGAUGACGAUUUCGACAAUCUGUCAGAAUCCGCUUUACAGCAACUAGAAUACCAUGCCAUCCUGUCCACCCAGAGAGCGCAAGCAACCAAACAUGUUCCUCUGCCUGCACAACAGUCCACAACUUUGCCGCAGUCGAAGUUUCCGACUCGCCCACAGUUCAAUCCUCGACCCCAGCCUGCGCAUCCAGCUAUUCAGAGGUAUUUGACCGAGGACGACGAUAGCUUUGAGCUGGUCGGAGAAGAGGGUGUGCCUACUCCAGUAGACAAUCAAGAUUCCUAUCCUAUACGCCGGAUCCAGGUCAGCGAAGCUGCUCAGAGAAUACACUUCCGCCAACAACGGUAUGGUCAAGCAUAUGGUGCUGAAUCCCAUCCACCACUCGGCGAGGUCAACCAUCGAGGUCAGAGAGGUCCGUGGGAAACAACUUCAGCGGCUGGUUUCAACCAUGGCGCCGCAGCAGGACUGGACGAAAUGUCCUUGGAUACUCCGCUUCUACAAACCAGUACAGCUAUCUCGGCAGGUGCUCGUGAUACCUCACAUACCCAUGCCGAUGAAUUGUUUCGAGAGCGGGAAGAACUCGCUCGGGAGUUACAAGCUGCCAGGGAUAUGGUCACUAUGCAAAAGGGCGAGAUCUCCAUCAUUCGAGCGAACUUUGAGAAGGAAAGCAAAGUCUACGACCGACAAAUCGGCGCUCUAAAAAAGUCCAUGGAAGAAGAAUCCGCGAAACACACUGCUGCACUCAACGCUUUGGCUGAGAAGAAUCACAGUCUUACCACUCGAUACCAAUUCCUACAGCAAGAGCACAAUCAAGGGCUUCAAGAGACCAAGACCCUCAGGCAACGACUGAAGGACAGACAGAUGGAGAAGGAAUCUGAUCUAACAACAACGCCCAAGCGUGGCGUCGCAAGUUCUCUUCGGGAUGGCUUCAAUGAUGACGAUAUUAUGCUCAUGUCUCCUUCGAAAUCCGCUCGACGUUCGAAGCCGCCGACUCCCACCGCAGCGGGUAAGAGAAAACGGAAAACUGAUGGGCCAAGUCCUGUGAAACCGCUUGUUUUGCGCCCAUCUAGCUCUACAAGUCAACAUGAGAUGCCGCCGCCGCCCCAACCCAUCCAAACCAUCGAGCAGGUCAUUCCGGUUGUUCGGAAGGACAAGCAGGCUGAACGCAAUCUGAAAUUCCUGCAGUCCGUCAUUGAGUAUCGAAUCAAAGACUCGAAGCAGCCACUCUUUGAAGCUUUGGCCAAAUUUGCCUUCCCCUCGAACCUGUCGAAGACGUUUUCAACACUUUUAUGGGAAGGCAUUGCUCAUCUCGCGGGACGCCGCCUCCCUGGCGACCUCCUUCAGCUCCUGAUAGAUUUGUGGUCCAAGUCACUGAAAGAACAAUACUAUAAGCCAAUUGCCUCUCUACGGGAGAUAGCAAACCAUAUUAUCGACCUCGAUAUGCUUGUGCUCGAUUCUGGCAUCAUCACUGCCAUGAUACCUCUCCUAAAGUCUACCAUCACGAUCAACGGCGAGAAACGCUUUGAACACUCACCCGUGAAUCAUGCCACUUAUGGCAAAAUCCGCCAGACUCCUCAGUCAGUUAUUAACCCAGAGGUUGAUGGGACGAGCUGCUUGGAACUCAUGCUCACAGUCGCCUAUGCGGUUUCAGACGACGAAGAGCUUAUCGCUCUUCUAUGGCGCCUUAUGGACCACCAAUUCAUCCUGAUGAUGCUCAAUGCCUGGCAGCCGAUAUCUGAUAUAGCACUCAUGCUUCGUUUGCUUGCCACGAGCAUCUUCCCUGCCACAUUCGGCAGUAUUUGUGCCGAUGACCAGCAAUCACAAGUUGAACAUUGGAUGAUGAAUCGGAUCUGUUCUCUCCUUAGGGAAACGCCCAACGUCGACGAAGGAGUUCUUCCCUACACGACGCAGCAUCUGUGCCAACUCCGACUCGAGGCCAUGGACCUCCUCAUCAAAAUCGCCAUAACAUCGUCUCAACAUCCGCAUGAUGAUCCCUCUCAUCACGGCAGCCUCCUCAUCGCAAAUGACACGCAUGCAAUUGCGCGCCUUGUCCGCAGCUUGUACGACCAGGUCUCAGCAAUGUACUCGCUCCAUCCAACCACGCACACUUUACAUGCCUCCCUUGUCAACAAAGGCGUUUGUCUUCUCUAUCACCUUUUACAACUCCACGGCUCGACGAUAAACCUGCAAGAAAAGCUCUCUGUGAUCAACGGUGGCGUGCAUAAACAUCGAGUGGUGCUCACGAGACUGGCUUUCUCGGAGGGUUUCGUGGUGGAUAAAUAUGUGAGCGAUGAGACUGUAGCCAUGGCAACACAGAUGCUGGAGGAGAGCGUGACGCCAGAUGAGGCGGACGAGCUUGUAAAGUGCUUUCCGGGGUUCAAUGGGAGGGGAGCUGGCAGAGAGGAAGGCGAGUAGUCUCACUGUGACGGGCAACUGACUGAGGUCUACCGGUGCCUGUGCAACCGGUUGGUCCUGGAUAGAUACCGGGCCGGAUUUGCUCAAAACUUUGUGUGUGAAUUAAUGAAUUAACGUCGCAAUCCCUCUUUGCUCAGAGGUUGUCAUGAUACCUCUCUGCCUCUUUUCACAUGGGAGUAUGUACAAGGUACUGUAGCUUUGGUUGACGCAGUCGCUCGCGGUCCACGAAUUAAAACAAAGGCUCGAGACAAUUUCUGACACCGGGACAGAUAUUGCCUUCUGCCGGAUCAAUGCUGCAGCAAAGACUGACUAUACAUUACAUCUAAG